AUGAGAAAAACAGCCGGGAGCCCGAGCUGUGGCACAGGGGACAGUGGCACAGGGGACAGUGGCACAGGGGACAGUAACACAGGGCACAGUGUCACAGGGGACAGUGGCACAGGGGACAGCGGCACAGGGGUCAGCGGCACAGGGGACAGCGGCACAGGGGACAGUAACACAGGGGACAGCGGCGCAGGGGACAGUAACACAGGGCACAGCGGCACAGGGGACCGUGGCACAGGGGACAGCGGCACAGGGCACAGCGGCACAGGGGACAGCGGCACAGGGCACAGCGGCACAGGGGACAGCGGCACAGGGCACAGCGGCACAGGGGACAGCGGCACAGGGCACAGCGGCACAGGGGACAGCGGCACAGGGGACAGCGGCACAGGGGACAGCAACACAGGGCACAGCGUCACAGGGGACAGUGUCACAGGGGACAGUGUCACAGGGCACAGCGGCACAGGGGACAGCGGCACAGGGGACCGUGGCACAGGGCACAGCGGCACAGGGCACAGCGGCACAGGGCACAGCGGCACAGGGGACAGCGUCACAGGGCACAGCGGCACAGGGGACAGCGGCACAGGGGACAGCGGCACAGGGCACAGCGUCACAGGGCACAGCGUCACAGGGGACAGCGGCACAGGGGACAGCGGCACAGGGCACAGCGUCACAGGGGACAGCGUCACAGGGGACAGUGUCACAGGGCACAGCGGCACAGGGCACAGCGUCACAGGGGACAGCGUCACAGGGCACAGCGGCACAGGGGACAGCGGCACAGGGGACAGCAACACAGGGCACAGCGUCACAGGGGACAGCGUCACAGGGCACAGCGUCACAGGGCACAGCGGCACAGGGGACAGCGGCACAGGGGACAAGGACCGUGGCACAGGGGACCGUGGCACAGAGGACAGUGGCACAGAGGACAGUAACACAGGGGACAGUGGCACAGGGGACAGUGGCACAGGGGACAGUAACACAGGGGACCGUGGCACAGAGGACAGUGGCACAGGGGACAGUGGCACAGAGGACAGUAGCACAGAGGACAGUGGCACAGAGGACAGUAACACAGGGGACAGUGGCACAGAGGACAGUGGCACAGAGGACAGUAACACAGGGGACCGUGGCACAGAGGACCGUGGCACAGGGGACAGUAACACAGGGGACAGUAGCACAGAGGACAGUGGCACAGAGGACAGUAGCACAGAGGACAGUGGCACAGGGGACAGUAACACAGGGGACAGUGGCACAGAGGACAGUAGCACAGAGGACAGUGGCACAGAGGACAGUAACACAGGGGACCGUGGCACAGAGGGCCAUGGCACAGGGGACAGUAACACAGGGGACAGUGGCACAGGGGACAGUGGCACAGAGAACAGUGGCACAGGGGACAGUAGCACAGGGGACAGUAGCACAGGGGACCGUGGCACAGGGGACAGUGGCACAGAGGACAGUGGCACAGAGGACAGUAACACAGGGGACAGUGGCACAGAGGACAGUGGCACAGGGGACAGUAGCACAGGGGACAGUGGCACAGGGGACAGUUGA